GGAAUUAAAUCGCUUAAACAUUAUAACCUCAAAACAUGUAUAUUAAUAUAUGUAUAGGCUCUAUUGGUCUCCAAUAACAUUUUUUUUACUCAAUCUAGUAUCUUGCAGAGUUUAACAUAUUUUUUUUUCAGAAUUCUUAUUUUUUACAGCCUUCGAUCAUAACGAAUUUUUGACAUUUUCUCUUGUUAAAUUUCCGCGCGCGGUGUUCCAUUUCAAAGCUCUGUUUAUUUUUUCCAUUGUAGCAAAUUGUUUUCUUUAUCUAUUGUUGCUAAUUGAGAGGUUAGAAAUUUCAGCCGUUUAAAAUUCUUGGACGAUUUUUGAAAUGCCUUUCGAUCCGUUAGCAUUUGUUUCUGUCCCGCAUGAUUUUCCCUCGGACGGAGAGGAGGUCCUCACCGAGGCGGUCAGACUGGGACCUCAAGAAAGGCCGACCUUCUUAAGAGGCGAAUCUGCCGUUUGGCCUUCAGGUCUUAUUUGCAUUUUUCAAUCAUCUCGCCGUUGACACUCACGCAAGCCUUCGUGAAUUAGCUCGAAGGAGAUCUACCUUCUUCUUCAGGACUCCAAUGGCCAAAUGGAAAGACUGCCUGCGGCCAGAAUCAGAGGCGGCCAAGAUCUUGACUUUUCAGAACUCAGCCUCGCAGACAGUCUUCAGCUGCAGAGACCCUAAAAAGUGCAAGCCUAGCGCCCUUUUAAAAUUCUGCUUGAGCAACGGAUUGGACAUCUAUGGGUGCGUCAGCCUGUCUGAUUUGUCCGUUGUUGUGAACCGCGCCCAAUUGAAGCAAAAGAAUAAGGAUCGAAGGAACGCUGCUGAGGCUGCGGAGAAGCAGAGGGCUGUCGAGGGCAAAAAGCCGAAGGGUCUGGUUGACUGGUUUGUGUCUUGGAUUCGAGGAAAAAUGAGAGGACUCAAAUGCCGAGAAGUUAAAAUUUCUCUUUUAGUUUGGUUGUUUCUGUGUUCAAUUUAUCGACACAUUGUUAACCAUGCCCAGCUGCAUCGGUCAGUAAUUUCACAAGUUUUAGCAUAAAAAUAAGUCUAUGGAUAAAUAAAUAACAGUAAUUCUGUGACACUCAUAGCCAGUAUACUUCUUGCUUAGCUCGGCCAAACAGCUUGGUUUUAAAAUAAGAAUAUUAUCUCAUCAGGCCAAAUCACAGCUCACAAUUCCUAUUUUUAUAAAUAAGAAAUUAAAUUAUUUAAUUAUUAUAAUAUAAAAAAGAGCCGCUGUUUAGGGAUUAAACCACAAAUAAU